AUGAUCCAAUGUACUUAUCAUUGGGAUUUACGUAUAAGAUCAUUAAUGGUCAAGGCCAAUUCUUUGGCCUCAGAUAGCAUGAAACCAAGUAAAUUAAAACGACAUCUGGAAAAAGUCGCCGAUCAUGUUGGCAAAACAAAAGAAUUUUUCCAAAGAAAAUUAGAUAACUUAAAUAAACAGAAAGAAUCGUUUUCAAAAGCUUUGUCUGUAUCACAAAAAGCGUUACUUGCGUCAUACGAAGUUUCGUAUAGAAUUGCUAAAUGCAAAAAACCCCAUUCAAUAGGAGAAACUUUAGUACUACCAGCAGCUAUUGACAUAAUAGCUAUGAUGUUUGGUGAAUCAUAUGCUGAUCAAAUUAAAAGCAUUCCGCUGGCAGAUAAUACGGUGGGAAGACGAAUAUCAGAUAUAUCUGAUGAUCUUUGCGAUCAGUUGAUAGAAAAAAUUAAAUUAUCUUCUUUCGCGUUGCAAGUAGAUGAGGCAACCGAUGUUGCUAAGGAUGCACACUUAAUAACAUAUAUAAGACAUGUUAUGGAAAAUGAUAUUAGAGAAGAGUUGUUAUUCUGUAAGGCAAUUGAAGGCAAAGCUACGAACUGUGUUGGACUAUGCACUGAUGGAGCUCCAUCUAUGACAGGAAAAAAUGCUGGUCUGCAGGCCCUAGUUCGAAAAGUGGCUCCUCGUGCAGUUUGGACGCAUUGUAUGAUUUAUAGGCAAUCUCUUGUUGCAAGAAAUAUGGGUGAAGAAUUACUUGAAGUAUUUGAAAUUAUAAUAAAAGUUGUUAAUUUUAUCAAAAAUAGUCCAUUAAGAGAAAGGCUUUUUGGAAAAUUGUGUGAUGACAUGGGCUCAGAAUACAAAGCACUACUUUAUUAUUGUGAAGCACGUUGGCUUUCUCGUGCUAAAGUACUUCAAAGGGUGUUUGAGCUCAAAAAAGAAAUUGCCAUUUUUCUUGCUGAUAAUAAAAGAGAUGAAGCAGACAUAUUUUAUGACACGAAGUUCCUCGCAAAAUUUGCGUAUCUAGUUGACAUUUUUAAAAGACUAAGUGAUUUAAAUAAAUCAAUGCGAGGAACUCAAAUUCAUGCUUUUUUUCAAAAGGACAAGAUUACGGCGUUUAUGAAAAAAAUAGAGCUGUGGAUAGCUAGUAUGAAAAGUAAUAACUUUGAUAUGUUUCCUUCUUUUAAAACUACAUGUGUUACUGAUGAUGAAAUAGAAGCAAAGCAGGAAAUGAUAAUUGAUUUAUCUAGUGAUAGCACAUUGAAGCAGAUGUUUCAGGACGAAAAGAAUACUGUUAAGUUUUGGUUACAAGUAAAGGACGAUUUUCCAACUUUGACAAAUAAAGCCUUAGAAAUUUUAUUAUCAUUUGUGACAUCCUACUUAUGUGAAAUUGGUUUUUCUGCAGUAGCAGUAUUAAAAACAAAGUACCGAUCUCGUUUAGUGAUAGAAAAGGAACUGAGAACGGCGAUUUCUACAAUGGGGCCGCGGUUUGAGAAAAUUUGUGCUGAAAAACAAGCUCAACCGUCGCAUUAA